UUGGCAGUCUAUCAAGGCCAUAACAAACCUUUAAGAAUGUUUUCAAAUAAAGAUAUAGCUAAUUUACAUGAAUUGGCUAUUCAAAAUAAUGGAACUGGAAAUGUUACUUCUUUAAAUGAUUUUCAAAGUAUUCAUACUCCACCUCCACCUUCUCCUUCUUCUUCAAAGGAUGGGGAAACAGCGGCUUCUUCUUCUGCUGAAGUUCAUCAGGCAGAUUGGAAUUGGCCAGUUAUUGGUCUAACAAUUGCUCUAGCAUUGACUUUUCUUGUUUUAUUUAUUCUUCUAUGUCUUCUUUUAGCCAAAUGUUUUGGGUUUUGUUGUUCGGGAAAUAGAAGAAGAAAACGUUUAUCAGCAAAAUAUUAUGUUAAUCCAUUAAUGGCAUCUAGUGGACAUUACAAACCUGUUGAACCUAUUUAUGUUGUUACUCCUGGGAGUGAAGCAGCUGGGGGAAUACCUCCACCUUCUUCCACCUCAAUUUAUGGCACAGUAAGUAACGGCCAUCCACAUCACCAUCUCCACCAUCCCCAACACCAUCCAAUACCUCCUCCACUAAUUCCAGCACAUCACCACCAUCACCCACCAUUUGGUCCCUCUCCCCCAAUCCCCCCUCCACAUUUAAUUCAUCAACAAUAUUCACGUUCAAUGACACCAACAUCUACAUACAGAAUAAAUAGAAGGGGUGGAGGUGAGGGAGGGGAUAGUAGAGGGAUUAGAACAAGCAGUUUAAUACAAUCAUCGAUGCAAAGUACUCCGGAAGCUAAUAAAAGAGAUAAAAUUGUAAGCCGUACAAUGACUGUGCCAGUAACAAUAACAAAUAACAAAAAUGGAUUUCAUCAACAACAAAGAAUUAUGGAAGAACAACAACAAAUUGAAAAAGACCAAAUACUUCCCCACCCCCUUCCCCAUCAACAACCAACAACUUCUUCCUCCUCUCCCCCUCCAUUACCUCCUCCCCACCAUCCCUCACAAACUCCAAUUUUGCCAUUUUUAGAUCCUUGGAGAAAACAAGAAGUACAAACUAGAGAACAAUUUAUUGGAUAA